AUCAUUUUCAUAUCGCCUUCAACAGCGAUCCUCUUCUCCGAGUGGGGCUUUUGAGCUCGGAUUCGUUCACAUUGAUUCCCUAACGCCAUGGCUAGGGUUAACGAUAACUCGGAGCGACUGGUGCGAACCAGCUUGUUGAGUUCGAGUCUCUUCAUCAUUUUCCCGUUACCUUGUGAUAAAAUAAAAUAAAAAAAAUAGAAAUGUGGGUGGUCGUUGGUAUAUGGGGACUUGGUCCAAUUGUUAAUGAGUGUCCGGAGAAAAGAAGACAUACGGUUACGUUUCUUGGUCUCCAAACACAUCCCUCUCCAGGAAGCUCCUUCGCAAUUUUCAUGGCGUCGGACAGAGGCCUCCCAUUGCCCAAGUUUGGUGAGUGGGAUGUAAACAACCCAGCCUCAGCCGAGGGGUUUACUGUUAUAUUUAACAAAGCUAGGAAUGAAAAGAAAACAAAGGCUACUGCUGGUGUGCCCGUUGCGUCUCCAACAAAAAAUGAAACUGCCUACGACAAAACUGAGACUUAUCAGCAUCCACCGAAGAAGAAGUGGCUUUGCUGUGGUUGAAUCCACACUGCUUUUGGAGCCUUGAAUUUCUAUAUCUUUGGCUAUAGCAUCUUGGAGGAGGAAAGGCUAGUCUUUCCAGUCUAUCCUCUUGAAUAAUUUCACUUCUGAAUCACUAUGCCUUCACACUUCAAAAUUUUCUUAUGCUUGUCAUAUGCGCUUCAGAUUAUCAUGGAGAAAAAAUGCAAAUUUCCUUUAGAACUGAGAGAUUGUGACAUGUAAAGGGCUGAUAAUUCAGAGUGGACAUAUCAAUAUAUCAUAUAUUCAUUAAUACUACCAUACUACAUAAAUUUGCUAUGACUUUUUAA